AUGGAAGUAGACUAUAAAAACUUAAUAUCAGUGAAAAAUCCAUGUAAAUAUUUUGGCUAAUUAGGUUAUAAUACAAAAUAAUUUUUAGAAUAUUUAAGGAGACCAGUAAAAUUACCUUAAGUCUUCAUUAAGACCUUUUAAAAGUCUAAUUCUCCUGACAAUCCUCUAAGCAAAAACUCAAUAUUGAAUAGAAGCUUAGAGUCAGCAAGAAAAUAGCUUGAAGAACAAUAAAGUAGCAGUAUUUAAAACAAAUUUAUUAUAAGAAAAUCUUCUUCGAAAAGCCCUUAGAGAUUAAAUCCUAAUGAGAAAAAUAAUGUUAAGUUAAAUAAAGCUAUUCAUUAAAUGAGUCCUACUUAUAAUAAUCUAAACAGUAGCUUUGAAAUUGAUAAGUAAUAAGAAAAUAGUUACAUUUACUAUAAUUAAGCAAACUAAGUACUAUAAUCUGAAUAAUUAAGGAGAGAAAUUUAUCCUAUUCGCACUAUACCUUAUUUGCCUAAAUAAGCUAUAUUAAAAAGUCCUCCCAAAUAUAAAAUAAAAUAGGCUGAUAUACAAACUAAAGAAGAUAGCUUCUUUGAUAAUAUUUAAAUGGGUAUGGAUACACUGUAAGAGUAAUCUUCGUAAAAAGAAGAUACAAGCUAGGAAGAAGAUUCUUAAAUAUUUAUAACAAACAAUUAGAAUAGUUAUAGCAAUGUUUCAUCAGUAAAAUCCUCUUUUGAUUAAAAUAAAAAUUAAAUGGGCUCAACAAAAAAAGAAUAAAAAAUUCAUAAAGAGGUUAGCUUAAAUACCUAUUAAUAGAGCUUAAAAAAAUAAACCAGCAUUUUAAUAUCAAAUAAAUCAAUUUUAGAUUCUGAGAUAUAGAUUAAACAAUAAAGUGAUAUAAGUUCUUCAGAGAUUGAUUCAAAGCAUCUCUUGUACUUACCAAAGUAAGAAAAAGAAGUAGUAUAGAAGAAAAAUUAAUUACAAUAAAUAUAACCUACACAAAACGAAACUUCAAGUGAAAAAAUCGAAUAUAUUUCAAGUCACUUCUCUUAGUAUUCUCCUAAAAAUUAAAAAUUUUAGAAUAAAGUAGAUACUCAAGGAUUCAGUUCUUUUUAUGAUAAAUAAGUUAAUUAAAGAUAUUCUAUAGAAAAAACUAGUGACUCAGUAAUACAAUCGCAAAAUUAAAUAGCAAAUUAAAACCAAAGGAAAUAAAAAACUUUGAAAUAAUUUUUUCAAGGUGUUCUUAAAAUGAUAGGUCCUAUUAUUGCAUUUAGAAAGCAGUCUAUUAAGAGAGAAAGGGCAAGAACAAUGCCUAAGAAGAAAACAAUAUUUAAUAAAGAUAAUUAGAGGCAUUCUAACUUAGGAAUUCUUACUUCAGAAUUUAUAAAAUCAAACAGCUUAGUUAAUUCAAAUGAUGAGUUAGAGUUAUUUGAUAAUAUUAAGUAAGAUAAGACUCUAAUUAAUAUAGAUCUGAAUAAAAAGAAUCCUAAUUAAAAGAGGUACAGUAACAUGUAUACUUAUUAGUCUCUCUUAGAAAUUAAAAUUUAAAAUAUGAACUUGAAUAAGCAGCUCCUAUUUAAUAAAAUUGAAACUUUUGAUGAGGAGGCAGCCAAUAAAUUAGUAUAAGAUGGGCUGAAUAUAAAAAAUAUAGAGUUAGAAGCAAAUAUAGUAGAAAAUGAUUUAACUCCUGAAGCUUGGAUAAAAAAGAUAUAAAACAUGAAUCUACCUUACCAGGCUCGGUGCUUAUUUUAUAAAGAUAAGAAAUAUGUUUGGGAAAAAGUAAAUAUCUUAGAGUAUUCAGAAGAGAAAAUGAAGUACCUUGUUGAGUUCAUUGAGGGAGGUUAAAAAAAAUUUGUAAACAGAAAUGUAAUCGCAUUUAGAUUUGAAAAAAUGGAGAAUAUAAUUUCAAGGAUAGAAACGAUAAUUAGUAAAAGUAAACUUGUUUAAGAUGAGAAAAAAUUUUAGAUUUUUGUUAGUAAGGUUGAUGAUUCUUUAGUGGAAAAUAUGCAGUCAGAAUAAAAAUAAAGAAUUUUUAAUUUAUGUCUUAGAUAAGACUACUUGAAGAAUGUAAAAAAGAAAAUUUUAAGUGAAGCAAUUCUCCAUCAAAUGUCUUAAGAAGUUGACAAAUUAUAUAAGCAUAAAAUGAAAGAGAUUUUGGUCAUUUAUUAAAUGUAAAAGCCAGAAUUUCAAGAAUACUUUUAUAAAGAAGCAGACCUUGAACCAAGGUUAUUAUAUGCUCCAAGCUUUCCUUUUAUGACAAGCAUUUAUAGAAGUGAAAAUUUUGCUUAAAUAACAAAGUACUUCCUCUUGAAAAGAAAUGUUUUUUUAAAAAAUGAGUGCUAAAAAUCUCUAAGCUAAGUACAAAAUAUCAACAUUUAGUUUGGGAUGAAACCAGCUUUCGAUAUUUAAAUUGAAACAAUAAAGCCACCAAAAAAUAUAGAUCAGUUAAUAAAAAUUUAAAAAGAAAGCAUUGAUAACAUGAGAAUACGUCUAAUUACUAAUUACAGAGAAAAUAUGAUUCAUGAAAUUUUUGAUAAACUCUAAAAGUUCUAUAAAUUUUUUGAAACUGAUAUUGAUAAGUAUAGAAAUUCACUGCUUUUUAGAUUCCUAAAAAGAGUGGAAUUCUAGAUAGUAGAAUCCUUAGGUGAAAAUGUUUUCAAACACAAUUGUUUUAUUUGGUUGAAAUUUCUUCAAUCAUUCACCUAUCCUGAAAUAAAGUUGCUUUCCUAAGAGAAUAACAAAAUUAAAAAUAGUACUCUCACAUAAGAAGAAAUAGAUUUUCAAGUAAAACAAAUUAAACUUAGUGAAGUAUGGGUUUGCAAUAAUAAAUAGCUACUAAACUUGAGAGUAGUUUGCACUGAUUAGGGUAAAAUAGCUUUCUAACCUGCCUUUGAAGAAAUAUUUUAGCAGCUUUGCUAACCCAUUCACAUGUUAAAUGAAAUGGUAAACAGUUUCUAAAAAUUAGAAAAAACAGUGGUACCUUUGCUGGAUUUUGAUCUUCCUGAAACAUACAAGAUAGACCAUGGUCCUUAUGUUAAUACAGUUAAAGAUUUCAUUUUUUCAUUUAUAUAGGCUUAAUGGGAUACAUAUUUAACUCCUAUUGUAGAAAAAUAUAGCUAAUUUAGCCACUUUUUCUUGGAAGAAUCAACACAAGUCUUUUAAAUUUUUAAGGAAGGAAGUGAAAUGAAUUAAAAUUUUAGCAUCAGUGUUUUCCUAUUAGAUGCUUAACUCUAUUCUUAAUCAAAUAAAUAAAAAGUUUCACAAAAUCAGCCAUAGUAAAACCAAUCAAAUAAAUCUUGGAUUACUUCUUAAGUUUAAAAUGUAUAAAAUUAACAAAAUGCUAACUAUAUAAGCAAUAAUUUUGGUGCUUAAUCAAAUAACUUAAAUGUGACAAAUAAUUUUGUAUAAAAAUCAAAUUAAAAGAUUUUUGAAAAAGGCUUAGCUAAUAUUUUGUUGGAUAUGACUAUUGUCAGAGAAAGCGGUAAUAUAUAUUCUCUAAAUUAAUUGAAAGAUACUAAUAGAAUAAGAGAAAUUCUAAGAAAACUGCAUGAAGAUAUCUAAAAAGCUAAAAUGUUAGAAUGUGAUAUUGUAAAAACACCUCUAUUUUUCAUAAAUGUGUAACCAUGUAAGAAAAAUACAGUUUUUUUUGGGAUGAAUGCUAAAACUACCAUACUGAAAUCGAUUGCUUUUAUCAUUUAGUAAAAUAUUGGAACUCUUCAAGAAAGCUUUGAGCAUUUUAAACUUAAAAUUUCUAAGUAUCCAACUAAUGAAGAAGAGCUUGUAUAAAGCAAAAUUAUCAUUUCAGGUUGUGAAAGUGAUAUUGAAAAUUUUUAAACAGAGAUUAAAAAUAUAGGAUAGUAUAUUGAUUUAAUAGAAGAAUUUUACUUUUAAAUGAACCCAACUACAUGGGAGGCUUAUUGGAUGCUUUAUACAUGUCCUUAGUUAGUAAGAGAAAAAUUAUAAUAAUCUAAAUAAGUAAUUGCUUAGCAAGAAAAGAAAUUUAUUGAUUCUCUUGAUAAAGAGAGAUAAUUGCUCCAACUAAAAAUAGAAAACAUUUUUCAGGAUUUCUAAACUGUAAAAAAUUUUAAUAAUUAUCAGCUAGCUAAAGAUUAUUGCAUGGAAGCCUAAUCAUUAAAUGAAUAAAUUAAUGAUGCUAUAUAUUAAGGAUAGUAGAUAAAUAAGAGAGAACAGCUUCUAUAACUUUAAUUAACAAAAUAUGUUCUGCUUGAGUAAAUUAAGCAACAAUCUAUUUACUUUAUAAAAUUAUGGGAGCUGGCAUUUUAGCUUUAAAUUGACAGACAUAAGUGGAUGCUUGGUUCUUUGAUGAAAAUUUCAUUUGAAUAAUUUAAGUAAAAGAUACUAGAGUAUGAUCAUAAUAAAGAAGAAAUAAAGGUAAAAAUACAAGAGUUGGUGGAGGACAAAAGCAUUAUUAAAGUAAUUUAAGAAAUCUAAAAAGACAUAGACUAAUCAAGAGAAAUAUCAUGGAUGAUAGAGUAUUUGACUACAGAAGCUAUGAUCAAAAAACCUCAAUUCUUUAAAGAUUUGUUUAGAGAAUGUAAUUUACCAAUGAUAGAACCAAAUGAAGAUAUGAGCUUAAAAGCAUUAAUAGAUGUAGAUUUAAUUCAUUUUAGAGACUAAAUUCGUGAAUGUAGUGAAAGGGCAGAUAAUGUCUUCAAUACAGAAAAAUAACUAUAACAAAUACAAGACAGAUUAAAAGAAACUCUUCUCGAACUCAUAGAAUAUAGGGAAACAUUUAUCAUUAGCAAUUUGUCUAACUUAUAAAAAAUUAUUGUAGAACAAAACAAUUCAAUUCAAGAAAUUAAAAAUUCGGAAAGAGAAAAGUUAGCUCCAAAAUAUACCUAAGAGAUAGAUUAAAAAGUGCAAUCUGUGAGUUUUAAUAUAGGAAAAAUUUAAGAAUUUUAGCAGCUUUAUGUGUAAGCAGGAAAUAUAAUAGAUACUAUUGAAUAUGAAAAAAAGACAAACUCUUUAAUGAAACCCUUUCAUUAAUCAGAAAGUUUUUGGAGAGGAGUAAUAAGAUUUGUUAGAGAAAAUAACUCUCUCUUUGAAACAGAUUUUAAUUUUGAUUAUGACAAUUAAAUUUAAAGCUUAUAAAAGUUUAUUUUACAAUUUAAAGAUGAUAAAAAGUAAACAGAUAAUUGA